AUGAGUUAUAUUGAGAAAUGGUUAGAAUUGAGGAAUGAGAUUGAGAAUUUUGGAGUUGAAUUAUUAGUUGUAACAAAAAAUUGUGAAAAAACUUUAAUUAAUGAAUUGUAUAAAUUAGGUCAAAUAAAUUUUGGAGAGAACAGAGUACAAGAAUUAUAUGAAAAGUCUAGAGAAUUGGAUUCCACAAUAAAAUGGCAUUUUAUAGGUCAUUUACAAAGUAAUAAAUGUGGAAAAUUAUUAGAAGUUCCCAAUUUAUAUAUGAUCCAGUCAUUAGAUUCUUUGGAAUUAUGUAAUUUGUUAAUACUAAAGACGGAAAAAUUAAAUAGAGAAAUUAAUGUCCUUAUACAAGUAAAUACAACAUUAAAAACAACACAAUAUGUUACGAGAAUAUUGGAAUCACAGAGAUUGAAAUUUUGUGGUUUAAUGACAAUUGGUGAUGGUGGAAUUGAAUGUUUUCAAAGAUUAAAUAUGAUUAAAAAUGUUUUAAUGGAACAAUUUAUACAGUGUAAAGGAUUAGGUGAUGAAUUUAUCAUGAGUAUGGGCAUGUCAAAUGAUUAUAAAUUAGCUAUACAAAUGGGUUCAAAUCAUAUACGUAUAGGAUCAUUAAUAUUCAAUUAA